GCUGGCGAGCGAGAGAGAGAGGCUGGCGAGCGAGUGAGAGAGAAAAAAAGAGACCUGCGUGACCGUGAAUCAGAGCGCUGACAUCAGCUGUGAUUUGAGCCGCGGUGACACUCGUGCGUUUGUUAUAUUCAGCCCGUCGGGCGGAGCGCUUGGCAGUCAGCGUUGCUGCCACUGCGGGUACGCCACCAGACGCGCACAGCAGCCCAAAUAAUCCUCGGCUUACCAGCCGAGGAUGCCGCAGGGUGUUUAGUGCGGAUUUCAUCCCGUAAAAAAAAAGUUAUUGGCUCUGACUCGAAGAUGUUCUCUGCGCACUGGAAUCGAUCGGAGGCGAAAGCCGGCGCGGCAGGCAAAAUAGAUUUGCGCAUUUGCAACUGGAUCCGUUAAAUAAUGGUCGUCUGUUAACAAAAUGUCCUGAAAGCGUUGUUGUUGUUGUUGUUGUUUAAAUCACUAAACACUUUUGCAUUGGAAAGUCUCGGCGACAAUCGACUAUUGUGAGAAAUAUUUAUUCGGUUAUUUCGUCUUUUUUACGAAGGCGGUAUCUGGGUAACAUUAAACACUCUGGAUAUUCAAGUGAAGGCCAUAGACAGCCUCACCAUGCCGGCAAUUUUGGCUGGACCCAAGUCCAGACCCACUUCUGGGCUUCCAAAGCCAACCAUUCCCAGCAGCUCCUUGCCAACUUUGAGCAUGGAGAGGAGUUCUCUUCCACAGCCAAGCAUUCGACCAGCUUACACGAGCCAAGUUUUCUCAACAAAACCUCCGCUUCCAGCUGGGGGUCAGCCUGGGCCAGGAAGAAUGCUCUACAGCAGCCAGCUCUCAGAAGUGAAGCCUAUCCUUUCUGUCGGGGGUCUGGGACAUCAGUCUGGGAUGGAGAAAAGAAACUCAACCCAGAGGCCUUUUUCCAAAGAAUCCCCUGAGGUGGAUGAUCUGCACAGUGUUAAGACACUGUCAGACAAACCAUCACCCGGCAGCCAGAUACCUGCAAUUAAAACAAGCUCUCUCUGUACGGGUCAAGGAACUGUAUUGACCGACAAGCCUGAAGUGGAAAAAACAAAACCAUAUCACCGCCCGACGGUCCGAUUUGCUGAACCGAUUGAAAGUUUCAGCCCAUCUGAUGACGAGACAGAUUUGGACUCGAAACCUCCUUUUGGUGGUUUCCAAACUUUGGUUUCUGAAAAGAGUGGUACUUUUGCUGUAAGUAAAGUCAACACUGAAGGGCAUUCUUUAAAAUCUUCCGACUCGAAGCAACCUAAGGAAAGCCAAGUCGUGUCUGUGAAACCUUCCAUUUUGAUAAAUAGUGGAACCAGGUUGGCCGAGAAAUCUCUGCAAGCAGAAAAGCAAGCACCUCCAAUUUGGUCACCUCUCCGUUCCAGCAACAGUGCAGAGCUCGUAGACAUCUACGGCAUGAACGGAGCAGUGGACCGCCCUUGGAAGGAGACAUGCGGUGUUGAGAACUUGGAGGCAGAACAUCUGUUAGGAGAAAAAGCAACCAGAGAUGGUGACGUGCAGAUCUACACAGACUGGGCCAACCACUACUUGGCAAAGUCGGGUCACAAGCGACUGAUCCGAGACCUUCAACAAGACGUCAGUGAUGGUGUUUUGCUGGCGGAGAUUAUCCAAGUUGUGGCCAAUGAGAAGAUUGAAGACAUCAACGGCUGCCCAAGGAGCCAGGCUCAGAUGGUUGAAAACAUUGACGCUUGUCUGAGCUUCUUGGCAUCUAAAGGAGUGAAUAUACAGGGUCUGUCUUCUGAAGAAAUCCGGAAUGGAAAUCUGAAGGCCAUCUUAGGUCUCUUCUUCAGCCUGUCCCGGUACAAGCAGCAGCAGCAACAGGCCCAGAAACAACAACAACAGCAACAUCAACAGCAGCAGCAACAGCAGCAGCAGCACCAGGCGGCUCAACAAAAACCACAACAAGACAUGCAGUCCAGUGCGCCAGGCAGGCACUCUGCUGUGGCCAAACAUGCAGGGGCGACAGCCAGUCAGAAAAAGUCCUCUCGGCUGCCAGGACCAGCGGCGCGGCCCUUGGCUGCAGGUGGCGACGCGAAGUCGCGCACGGCGGCGAGCGCGAACCGCCGCAGCCAGAGCUUCAACACUCAGGACAAGGCGAGGGCUGGACCCUGCCCUCCGGCGCCGGCGCACGAGCUAGCUGAAGGUGUAUCCCAGCCAGCAGGCAUGAAUGGCAACGUGCCCUCUCCUGCUGCGGCACAGCCGUCUGCCAUCCCGCAGCCUGGUGCCAGUGCUGGCAAGUCCUGGCGAGGAACCAAGGCUGCCGGUGCCAAGCACAGCGCUGCCCCUGGAGGAUCAGGUGCCAAGCAGCCCAUACCUGCUGUCACGCAGGCUUCCUCCGAGCCCUCCGAGGGCCCUGCGCCAAAAACCGCCGCCGCGCCUGCAAGCUCCAACGGCCAGAAGUCCAUGCUGGAGAAGUUCAGGCUCUUCAAUUCCAAGAGCGGCUCCAAGGCCACGUCGACACCCGCUGCCGGCUCUGCGGCGGCGUCCGACGGGCCGGAUAAACCCGAAGCGACCCCGGCCCCAGUGGAGCAGAAUGAAGUGGGAGAAGAGCUGGCUGCAAAUGGCCCAAAGAUUGCCCUCAAAGGUAUUGCACAGAGGACUAUUGGCCGUGCGCUGAGCAACAACAAAAAAACGACAAUUAAGAGCGGCGAGAAGGAGAAGGGCAAAGUGGCCACUCCUGUUCCAGAGGUAAACAAAGUGACAGAGCCAGAUUGUAGAGUAGACACUGUGCCCGAAUCGUCAAAAAAGUCCUCCAAAAUCGCCAGCCUCAUCCCAAAGGGAGGAAAGUCAGGUCAGGCAGCAGCAGGCAGCGCAGUCUGCAAGAAGGAACCCUCGGCUGGCCCGGGGCCGGCGUCCACUGGGAUCCCCAAGCCGGGCUCCAAGCUCGCGGGCGCAAAGUCCGCGGGCGGCGCAGGCAAAGAGGGCGAGCGACUGCGCGCCAGCAAGAGUGGCACGCACCUGCAGCAACACCUGCAGCCGGCGGCCGAGAGUCGCACUUCAAGCUCCACCAGCUUGGCGUCGUCCGAGGGAGGCAGGGCGGCCGCCGUGCCCUGUGGCCCUCAGUCGCAAGCGCCGCAGCUCCAACAGCCAUUGCCACCCGCCGCCAGCGCCGCCGCCGCCGUCGCCGUCGCCGCCGCCGCCGCCGCCGCCGCCACGACAGCCGCCCUUACGUCGCCAUCUUCUGCCGUCAGCCCGGCGACGGUCUCCAUGACAACCAGCACCACGCAGACGACGGGAAUCAGCACCGUCGGGGUGCAGCUGCCUCAUCCCCAGCAGCAGUACAGCCACCCAAACACGGCCACGGUCGCUCCCUUCAUGUACCGGACCCACACGGACUGCGACGGAAAUGUGCCCCUGGUCAUGGAGGCUGGACAGAACCUGGGCGCUCACUCGGACCCGAUCCUGUUCAGCAAGUCCGCACAGCAGCCUUGCGUCGACGACCUGCCUGUAGGGGAGGAUGCCGAGACUCGGAGAAUGAGAACCGUGAAGAACAUCGCCGACUUGCGCCAGAACUUGGAGGAGACGAUGUCAAACCUGCGGGGAACGCAGAUCACUCACAGCACGCUGGAGACGACUUUCGACGGCAACGUGACGACGGAGGUGAGCGGCCGCGGGCUGCUGGGCAUGGGCGGGCGUGCGGCCGCCCAGACGCCUCUCUCCUGGCGACUGGCGCAGGCCAGCAGCCCGCGCCUGCAGGCCGGCGACGCCCCGUCCCCUCUGGGCAAUGGCUACCCACCCCGCGCCACCGCCUCCGGUCGCUUCGUGCAGCAGGAAGCCGUCGCGGCGGCGGCGGCGGCGGCUUCUGGAGGCGGCGGCGCACCCGCAGGGCGCUACCUGCGCAGGGCGGUGCCGGGCCGUGGGGCGGGCUGCGGCCAGGCCGGCGAUGGCUCUGAGCGAGCGGACGGCGAGAUGUGCGGCAUGGGCGCCGACGCGGCCGGCUACAUGAGCGACGGCGACGUGCUGGGAAAGAAUCUCCGCAGCGAGGACGUGGCGAGCGGCUACAUGACGGACGGUGGCUUGAGCCUGUACACACGGCGACUGAAUCGGGUGCCGGACGGGCUGACGGUCGUGCGUGAAGCCAUGCAGCGCGGCGUGCCCCUGGCCGUGGGAGACGCAGACAGCUGGGACGACGAUAGUUCAAUCAGCAGCGGACUGAGUGACACCAUCGACAACGUGAGCACGGACGACAUCCACACCAGCUCCUCGGUCAGCUCCUACCCCACGACGCCGGCUACCGCUCGCAGAAAGGGGGAGGCCAAGCUGCGUACGGACAAUGAGAAGCGCUCAGGGGUGGACAGAAACGGCGGCUGGCAGCACGGAGGCUCGGCAGGAGAGGACAUGAAAGCCGUGGGGAGCAGCAGGGGCGGUUCGAUGGACCCAGAGCACGGAGGAAGAGUGAUGGAGCCCGGCGCACGCUGGAAGCGCAACCCCUCGGACGUGUCGGAUGAGUCGGAGAAGAGCUCCGGUGGUCUGCGUAAACCCGGCAGCGUUGCACACACGGGCUCGUGGCGCAGGGGAAUGAGUGCGCAGGUCGGCAUCGCGCCUCCUCCGCGGGGCAAAGCCGCCACGUCUGCCCUCAAGACGCCGGGGAAAACAGAUGAUGCGAAAGCGUCCGAGAAAGGCUGCCUCUCGCCUAAGCGCGGCGCUGUUCAGCGCUCCCCGUCGGACGCGGGCCGCAGCAGCGGAGACGAGGGCAGGAAGCCGCCGUCGGGCAUCGCCCGGCCCACGGGCGGCGGUGCCUUCGGCUUCAAAAAGCCCGGCACCAUCAUCACGGCGAGCGGCGCCACCAUCACGAGCGGUUCCGCCACCGUGGGGAAGCUCUCCAAGUCCUCCGGCAUCGCGGGCCGUGCGGGGGCCUGCAUCGGCGGGCGUAAAACGAGCGUCGACGGUUCUCACGACGACCCGGCGUCACGCGCCGCCCUGACGUACAGGAGUCUUCCCCGGCCUUCCAAGUCCGGCGGCGGCGGCCACAUCCGCGGCCUGGGGAACCGCUCCAGCACCAGCAGCGUCGACUCCAACGUGAGCAGCAAGUCCGCGAGCGGACCCCCAGGGUCCAAACUCCGAGAGCCGUCGCGCAUCGGCGUGGGCCGCUCCAGCCCGCCGGCCGCCGUCGGCCCCCCCCAUCACGCCACCGCGGCCGUGCUGGCCCACGCGCAGCAUCACGAGAGGGACAAAUCGACGGGUGGGUCGGUGCCGGCGGAGAGAGAGCGGACCCCGGCGAACCAGACGGACCGGGAGAAGGCGGCGGCUGCCGCCGCGGUCGGAGCGGCGGCUUCUUCUGACGCGGAGAGUGUGGCGUCGGGCUGCUCCGUGAAGCUGAGCCCCGCGCAGACUCCCGCUCUCGCAUCGCCCAGCCCCACCCAGCCCGUGCCCAAGUGUCCUGACAUUUCUUCCCCAACGCUUCGUAGGUUAUUCGGAGGAAAACAAAGCACCAAGCAGAUCAUGACAAGUAGCGACAACUUGAAAAAUUCCACCAUCAUUUCAAACCCACAUGCGAUGCUGGCCCGGCAGGGCAGCACCGACUCUCCGUCGCCCGUGGACGGCAGCAUGGCUGGCAGCUACAGCAGCGGCGGCCCCAGCUCGGGGCUCUCCCCAGCCUCGCCUGCCACCUCCUCCUCUUCCGCGUGUAGUCCCGGCCCUCCUAAGGCCUCCAUCCCCACCCCGAUGGGCAUCUGCGGAGGCGGCGGCAUGCCUUGGGGUAUUGGACUUGCGCAUUCUCCGACGGCCGCCGGCAAAACCGGCCUCUACCAGCAGGCACUGGGGCAGCCGCUGGACCUGGCUCUCUCCGGAGCCUCGAGCUCCAUGGCCGCCGCUGCUGGGUUCGGGGGGCAGUCGGCGGUGCCGCACGGCUGCUUGACGCCGACGUCCAAGCCGGAGAGCGGCCCGUGCUCGUUUGUGAGGACCAGCAGCCUUAAGUCCACCAUGUCCGAGAGUCCCCCUUCCUCCCCAACCACAAGCACGCAUUUUAUCAGCAACACUUUACCUAGGAGACAAGACAGGCAACUUCAGAAUAAGAACAUCUUGGAUAACUUUCUGCUUCUUGACAGGAACACCCUGCCUAAAAAGGGCUUCAGGUGCACGCCAUCCCAGCAGCGCGGCCAGGACGAGUGGCUGCGCUCAUAUUCCAUCGGCGGACUGCAAGAUACGGGCGAACACUCUCCCCUGACCUCCGCCACAGCCAUCACCUCUCCAACCGGCACGCGAUUCCACUUCCCACCACCCGUGAGCCCGAACGCGGCCUCCCAGCUCAGCGUGUCGUACCCCAACGUGUUCCGCUCCAACAGCGUGUCGGCGCACGACCCCGCCUACGACAUGUACGGCGGCAGCGACGCGCGUCUCCGCAACAGCUCCGUCUCACUCGACGAGCGCCACCGGGGCAUGAGCCGCUCCGGCUCCUUCCGUGACGGCAUCGAAGAAGUUCACGGAUCCUCGCUCUCCCUUGUGUCCAGCACGUCCUCCAUCUACUCCACGCCCGAUGAAAAGGCAGUUUCUGAGAUGAGAAAGCUGCGCCGGGAGCUGGACCAGUCUCAGGAAAAAGUGGCGACGCUCACCGCUCAGCUCACAACCAACGCCCACCUGGUGGCUGCGUUUGAGCAGAGCCUGGCCAACAUGACCAGUCGCCUGCAGAGCCUCACCAUGACCGCCGAGCAGAAGGACUCGGAGUUGAAUGAACUGAGAAAGACCAUCGAGAUGCUGAAGAGGCAGAAUGUGGCGGCACAGGCUGCGAUCAGCGGAGUCAUCAACACUCCCGAGCUCUCCCGAAAAGCAGGGAGUGCGAGCUCUUCGCAGUCGACGGAGCUGCGCAUCCGGCGGCAGCACUCGUCGGACAGCGUGUCGAGCAUCAACAGCGCCACGAGCCACUCGAGCAUCGGAAGCUCGGCCGAAACUCCCGACUCCAAAAAGAAGAAAAAGAAGAACUGGGUGAACACAAAAGGCGGAAAGGUAUCAGAGCUUCGCAGCUCCUUCAAACAGGCGUUUGGAAAGAAGAAGUCGCCCAAGUCGGCAUCGUCUCACUCCGACAUCGAGGAGAUGACAACUCCGGACUCUUCCCUCCCAUCGUCGCCCAAGCUACCCCAUGGAGCAGUCACCGCUGUCACGCCUGCGAUCAAGCCCUCUCACUCUGCGUCUGCGAUCUGCGAGUGCACGGAGACGGAGGCGGAGAAGGUGAUGCAGCUGCGGAGCGAGCUUCGAGAGAAGGAGAUGAAGCUGACGGACAUCCGGCUGGAGGCGCUGAGCUCCGCGCACCAGCUGGACCAGCUGCGCGAGUCUAUGAACCGCAUGCAGAGCGAGAUCGAGAAGCUCAAGGCAGAGAACGAUCGCCUCAAGUCGGACGGGGGCGGCAACUGCAGUCGCGCCCAGUCGCAGCUCUCCAUGUCCUCCACGUCCUCGCCACGCCAGUCCGUGGGGCUCUCCCAGCAUAGCCUCAACCUGCCCGAGUCCACCAGCCUCGAUAUGCUGCUAGAUGAUGGCAGCGGCGAUGGAUCUACACGUAAGGACCGUCGCAAUGUCAAAAUCGUCGUUUCUCUGACCGACCUGCCCAAGCGUAGAGAGGACUCCAAGAUCCAGGAGUACACCAUUGGCAGUAUUGGUGUCAGCGGGAAGACGAAGUGGGACGUGUUAGACGGAGUCGUACGACGUCUCUUCAAGGAGUAUAUCUUGCGGGUGGAUCCACUGACGAACCUCGGCUUGAGCACGGACAGCGUGCUGGGCUACAGCAUCGGAGACCUUGUGCGUAGCCGCGAGUCCGACGUGCCCGAGCUGCUGCCCUGCGGUUACCUGGUGGGCGAGAAUACCACCAUCCGCGUGGCGCUCAAAGGCAUGGUGGAGCACAGCCUGGACAGCCUGGUGUUCGAGACGCUAAUCCCCAAGGCGACACUGCAGCGCUACGUGUCGCUGCUCAUGGAGCACCGGCGCAUCAUCCUGUCCGGUCCCAGCGGCACGGGCAAGACCUUCCUGGCAAACCGGCUCGCAGAGUUCAUCGUGCAGCGCUCGGGGCGUGACGUCACCGACGGCGUUAUCGCCACCUUCAACGUCGACCACAAGUCCAGCAAGGAGUUGCGGCAAUACCUCUUAAACUUGGCGGACCAAUGCAACAGCGAGAGCAACGCAGCCGACAUGCCGCUGGUGAUUAUCCUCGACAACCUGCACCACAUCGGCUCGCUGGGCGACAUCUUCAACGGCUUCCUCAACUGCAAGUACCAGAAAUGCCCUUACAUCAUCGGCACCAUGAACCAAGCCACGACGUCAACGCCAAACCUACAGCUCCAUCACAACUUCAGGUGGGUGCUGUGUGCCAACCAUGUGGAGCCUGUCAACGGGUUCUUGGGACGUUUCCUGCGCAGAAAGCUCAUAGAGACAGAGAUACAGAGCAGCUCUCGGAAUAAUGACCUCAUCCGCAUCAUGGACUGGAUGCCCAAGGUGUGGCAGCAUCUCAAUCGCUUCCUGGAGGCCCACAGCUCUUCCGACGUCACCAUCGGUCCUCGGCUCUUUCUGUCCUGUCCGAUGGAUGUGGGCGGCUCACGAGUCUGGUUCACCGACCUGUGGAACUACUCUAUCAUCCCUUAUGUUCUUGAGGCUGUUCGUGAAGGCUUACAGUUGUAUGGACGGCGCUCGGCUUGGGAGGACCCUGCCAAGUGGGUGAUGGAGACGUAUCCAUGGGCGUCGACCCCACUGCAGCAUGACUGGCCUACGCUGCUCCAGCUGAGGCCCGAAGACGUGGGCUUUGACGGUUACACAUCGGCACGGGAGGGCAGCACCUCCAAGCCAGCUCCGCCUAGUGAUGUGGAGGGCGACCCGCUGAUGAACAUGCUCAUGAGACUACAAGAGGCAGCAAACUACUCAAGCCCCCAGAGCUGUGACAGCGACUCUAACAGCACCAGCCACCACGAGGACAUCCUUGACUCCUCGUUUGAGUCCACGCUGUGACCCAAGCAUCAUCCACGCGAGAGUCAUGUGCUUCCGACAAGUGGCAUGCACCAGCCUCCACAAGAGGCCGCUUCUGAAGAUGUUGCAGUCAAGUGUGUAGUAAUACAUGGAGGUGAUGGAGAUAUUAGGAUGAUCAAAGCACCAUGGAAUCGUCAUAAUCUGCUGAAUAUGGAGAAAUUGUCCAGAAUUUUGAACAUUCGUUGGAGAUAUUCUAUGCCUCCAUUUGGGAGCUGCAUUUAUGGGAAAGGUCCUUCGCGUUACGAAAAUGCACAGAAAUGCUACUUGGCAUGAAAAAAAAAACAAUUUUCACUCGAAAUCAUGUACACAUGCCAAUACACAAACACAAGACACCACUUGUGGUACAAUGGAAACGCCUCUGAAAACCCCUGGGUCCCCGUAUUCAGUGCCGCCAGCAAUUUAUUGAUAUUCCCGAGGCAUAAGGCACUCGUUCAAGCACGGAGCGACGUGUGUCCUGCAGAGAGAUUGCAUUUGCAAUGCAUCAAGACAAUUUUGUGUAGUCACAUCACUGGAUGACAGUUGAAUCAGAACUGCGUUUAAAGUCAAAGAAAAUUACUUGUCGAUCGACAAAGACAAUGUUUUUAGCCUUUCAUCAGUUGUUAUGUUGAUGGUAUUCCUUGUGGAAACUGUGUAUUGCAAUAAAAGGACAAAAUACAAAUGACGAGAAUCUGAUUUAAAAAAAAAUUAGUAUUUCGGCAAAACCUUAACUUGAAUCUGCCGAUUGAUAACAAAUCUAAGACUUUACCUAUGCAGGAACUGGUUUGUGCUGCUCAUGGAUCAUUAACACUGCUUGCUGAGAGUCUCAAGAAAGGCUUGUGAAGCCAACAAAUUAUUUUGUUGUUUUUUUCUGUCGACAAAGCUGGAUAUAUUUUGCACAUGUCUGCAAUGACAUGCUCGUGGAAGUGUAAGACACGGUGCUACGCCAUCCUUGUCCGUACGAUUACUUGGCAGAAUAUGUUUUUUGCCAAAUUCCACACGUUUGCCAGGCCUAAGCACAAAAUAGUGUUGUCCUCAAAAUGAGUGCCAGCAUUUGGUUCUGAUGCCUGUGCAACAGGUCAGUGCUUUGUCUUCAACAAAAUAUACAAAGAAGUGAAGUCAGAGGACACUUUUUACAGGUGAUAGAAUAAAUACCUGAAAGUAUCUCAAUAUCAGAAAUGUGUUCUCUGCAUUACCAAGAGAAGUUUAUGCUGUUGCCACAGUGUUUUAUAAGAUGUGAUUUUUUUCUAUUACUUUACUUCAUCAAGGAUGUUAUUGUAACAAUAAUUUAUGUUGGUGCUGACACACAAUGCCUUACUCUUGCAUAAGAAUUGGUCAGAUCUUACCAUGGUACCUAACUUUUCACAUACAGUUGAUCGGCACAGAAAGCUUGCCCGUGUUUGAUCAACAACUGCUUAGAGUGGAAUUUCCAGCCUUCUAUUUUGUUAUGUUUUGUAAAUAAACUAUAGCCUUUUGUUGUUUUUUUUUAAUUCACGGAAUAUCCAUAAAGCAGACAAGUGAAAAUGUUGUGACUACUGAGGCUGUUUCAAAAUUACAUCAAACAGUUGCUGUCCACCCCACUUGCAAAUUUCAGCUACUAUAUAAAAUGUUAUGCUUUGUUUAAAUGCUGCUGGCAACAAGGUGUAUUACUUUUCAAAAUGGCUUUAUGUUCUGAACAAAUGUUAAAAUGUGAAGCAUCUUGGUUCUUUAGUGAGAGCACUAUGCUUUUAUGCAAUUAAUUAGCUGAAAGAUUACUAUAUCAACAUUGAGUGCCCUUAAAAAAGGUAUUUUCAGGAAAUGUGUCUGCUAAAUGAAAGAGUUGUUUAAUCCCUUUAAAAUUGGGACAUUUAAAAACAAGCACAAUAGAAAAGUACAAAGUAUCCUUAAAUCGCUUUCUUGACACAUUUUGUUUGAAUAAAUUCCGAGAGCUGAACUCUUAAAUGUACACAAAUUUAAACAAUUUUCGUAAAAGUGCACAACAUUGCAGUAUCAUUAACGCAGUAACUAUUAAUGGUUACGAUAUUUUGAUGGGAAAUGUUUGUUACGUAUUACAGUUUACCAUGUUGUAUAGCACACAGCCUUGCUUUGAAGUCACAUGUUCAACUGGAUAUCUCCAAAUCUUAAUGCGGAAAAGAACAAUUGUUGACGUCAGACAGCAACGGGGGAGUGCAUGUUGUGGCAUGCAUGUAAAUUGUAGGCUAAUGCUUGGGGCUAUGCUGAGUGCUGAUGCAAAAAAAACUACUUUAAUUAUAUUUUACAUGUUUUAACUUGACAAG